AUGAAGUGGAAGGAGCUGUAUGAAAUGGAGAAACAGCGUAGAGCACAGCUGGAAGAUGAGCUGAGGGAGGCACGCCGUCGACUCGAAGCUGACAUGGAGUUAGCUUAUCAGGACUAUCAAGCUCAGAUGCUUCGUGAGGAUCUGCAACGCCGACAACAAGAACUUGAACGACUUGAAGCUGCUCGACGUGAGCGCCUUGGCAUGAGGGCGGCUGCUGGUGGACCACCACCAGGAAUGAUGGGACAUGGUGGACCAAUGCCGCCGUACGGCCAGCCAGGACCAUAUGGGCAACCGAUGGGAGGACCACCAAUGGGCGGAUACCCACCGUAUGGUCAAGGAGGACCAGGAGGACCUGGUGGACCGCAUGGACCACCAGGUGGACCGCAUGGACAACCAGGUGGACAGCAUGGACCACCAGGUGGACAGCAUGGACAACCAGGUGGACCGCAUGGACAACCAGGUGGACCUGGAGGACCUGGAGGACCAGGAGGACCAGCACCGCCAGGACAAGGAGGACCUGGGGGUCCUGGAGGACCAGGUGGGCCUGGAGGACCUAGAGGACGGGAACCUGGAAGUCAGCGCCCUCAGACAAGCAACAUGUUGGAAGGAGUACAGCGUCUAUUACAGAUUUUCAAAAAUGAUCAGCCAGGUCAGCAGAGACAGCCUGGACCUUUCGGACCUGGUGGACCUAACGGCCCGGGACCCGGUGCUCCAAUGGUUGGAGGGCCAGGAGGCCCUGGAGACUACCCACCGGAGAAAAGGAUGCGCCGCUAA